GGGCAGAGCGAUGCUCCUGGGCGGGACAGGAGGAGGGACCUAGCCCGGACCCCCGAGACGCCCCUGUUGAGUCCGCCCUGAGUUUCGCCAGGGACGCAGGCUCCUCCUCCCGCCCAAAGCCUCGGUUGGACGGUGCGACCCCGGGGCGGGCGGUGACCGGGUUGAGUGUGUCUCUGGCCCUGACCUGGGGCCGAAACCUAGGAUCGCUGGCGUUGCAGACCGCACUGCGAGCCGCGCCGCGUGUCCAGGGAAAGCCGCGACCUCGGGGGCCUGAGGGGCCCGCUGGACCCUGAGCUCCACACUGACUCUGCGGUCCCUCUCCGGGAUGACCGCCCCGCCCCUCACCCGGGUCCCCAAACUCGGUUUGGGCGCUGGGACCGCGGGCCCGCGUCGCCGCCACUAGGGGGCGCGAGCACCGCGCGCUCCCCCGCGUCCGUUGGGGGCGCUACUCGCCGGAUCGGCGGCUGCACCGCGAAGGUGUGGCAUAAUCUUGAAAGAGCCGCACCGAGUGGCUGGAGUAUAGAAGCCAACUAUGAAACGGUGUUUCUCAUUGGCUGAGUUUCGGGACACGGCUCGGCCAGCUCGGACUUGAAGCCCGCGACCAGCGAGACCUAGCUCGUCAGAGUCGCCGCGGGGCGGGGAGGGGCAGGGAAAGGCCGCCUCCUUCGCUUUUCUUGUCCGUGAGCUGGAGAUAUGCACUUGAGCGACGCUGUCGAGGACACGACUGGCCCUGCGACCCUUGCCGCCUGCCCCCGCGCCAAGUCCCGCAGCCCGGCAGGAGGAGGAAGCCGGGGUACCGUGCGCAUGGGCUCCGAGUGCGGCGGCUCCAAGCCCGCCUGCCGCGAGCAGUUCCAGGCGGCGGCCAGCGUCAUCCAGAGUCUGCCCCGGACGGGUUCCUACCGCCCCUCUCAUGAGGAGAUGCUUCGGUUCUACAGCUAUUACAAGCAGGCCACCCUGGGGCCUUGCCUGGUGCCGAGGCCCGGCUUCUGGGAUCCCAUUGGGCGCUACAAGUGGGACGCCUGGCAUAGCCUGGGUGGGAUGAGCAGGGAGGAGGCCAUGUCCGCCUAUGUCGCAGAGAUGAAACUGGUGGCACAGAAGGUGAUUGACACUGUGCCCCUUGGGGAGGUGUCAGAGGACAUGUUCAGCUACUUUGUGCCCCUGUACCAAGUGAUCCCCGACAUGCCAAGGCCCCCAGAAGCCUUCCUGAGAAGGGUCACAGGUUGGAAAGAUGAUGACCAGGCUGUACCAGAGCCUCCCUACCAGCCCAAGGAGCCAGUGCCUCUUGGUCCAGAGUCCCAGAUCCCCGUUGACCUGGACCCAGAGGUUUUCUGUGAUUCCUUGGAGCAGCUGGAGCCUGAGCCUGUGAGACCCUUGCCUCCCCUGCCCCACCCCAGGAGCUAUGGCUGUCCCCCACCUCACUAUGUCACUCAAGUCUUGGCUGAGCAGAGGGGAGUGGCAGGAGGAGACCCUGAUGCCAAGAUGAGCCUUGAGCCUCCUAUGGAAAGAGAGGAGCUGGAGGGUGGCCGCCCGGGGCCCCAGAACUUGGACUCAUUGCUGGUGGGCACCAUCUGGGCCCUGCAGGAGAGCAUGCGGGACGUUCAGGGGCGGCUGCAGACCCUUGAGAGCAAACCCAUGGCCCCUGCACAGGGACCUCGACCCCGGCCCCUCAGGCUCUCUGCAACCACGCUGCUCUUUCUUUUCCUGUGGCCUUUCGUUGCACAGUGGCUCCUGCGACAACUUCGGACCCAGAAGAGGUGAUCCAGAAGAGGUGAUCACAGGAAAGGUCCCAGCCACAGGCCCUGGCCUGUGAGGCCUGAGCCCGGGGCCCCAGGAGCACUGCCCCAGGGCCUCCCAGGCUGUCCCUUCCCCAUGGUCCAGCUCACACCCUCCCCACCCCCACCCAGACCUGCUCCUCCCCAGGCACAGCCGGGCAAGUCUGGGCUUGGAGGUGGCUGGACUGGUGGGAUCACCAUGCUCAGGACAAAGACUUUAACCAAAUAAGACAAAGCCUCAGCUUUGCAGCCAGAUCCCAGAGGGUGCAGCAGGGCACAGGUCACAGUCCCCUUUCCUCCCAGGCCCUGUGGACAGAAGCAGUGUUUCCUGUCCCAGCCUCCUGGCAAAGUGGGACAACCUCAGGCUGAGGUGGGGGUGCUGCCCUGAGGCUUUGCCUCCAGACCCAGGAGGUUCCAGGGGUUUGGGGUCCCACCUGAGGGCUGCUAUCACCCCACACCCUAGGCCCCAGAAGUGCCCACUGCCCCCUUGCAGCUGCCAUUCCCAAUGUCCCCCAACUUUUAGGAUAUGAACCCAACUGGAGCCUCCUGGCCUGCUCUCUGCUGUCCUUGCUGCUCUCACCUGGAAUGGGAUGAACCCCAUUAUCCAGGGUUCCACCAAAUGCCUGGCUGCUGGAGACCCUCAGACCCCUAGCCUGACCCUUGUUCUGGGUGUGGCCCACGCAGCCCGUUCCUAUCCUGGCCAGGAGGGUAGUCCUCAGGAUGAACCUGACCAGGUCCUCAGCUGCCCAGGGCUACCACAGAAGUUGAACAAACCCCUUCUGACAGUGACAUGUAUAGCCCACAUGAGUGGGAGAAAGACUUUAUCUGUAGAGGGUGCAGGGAGGGGUGGAGCCCACUUCUCAACCUGGGCAAGAUUUGGGGUUUUCUUAUCUUUUUUUUUCCAGUACUGGGGAUUGAAUCCAAGACCUUUGAACUAAAUUACACCCUCCUUUAAAAAUGUGAGACGGGCUGGGGAUUUCGCUCAGCAGCAUAAGCACCUGCCUUGCAAGUGUGUGGUCCCUGGUACCAGUAAAAACGAAAAAGACAAAAAACACAAACAAAAUAAAAAUGUGAGACAGAGCCGGGCGUGGUGGCUCAUGCCUAUAAUCCCAGCACUCAGGAGGCUAAGGCAGGAGGAUCCUUUCGAGUUCGAGACAGCUUAGGCUACAAAGUGAGCUCAAGGCCAGCCUGAACUGCAUAAAGAGACCGUCUUAAAGAGACAAAAAAAAAAAAAAAAGUGAAACAGGGUCGUUAAAUUGCUUAGUCUGACAUCAAAUUUGCAGUCAUCCUGCCUCAGCUUCCCAGAAUGCUGGGAUUCCAGGCCUGUGCCAUCAUGGGUCUGAAUAGGCAAGAUUCCUCCCUGGUUCAUAGCUCUGAGCUUGGGUUGCUGGGUUUAGGAAGCAGAAACAAUUGCUGUACAAGAGCAGUCCUGGGGUUUACCAGCAGCUGAGCAUGUAGAAUGCCUGCAUAGGGCAGAACACAGCUAAGGGUCAAGGGUCUGGUCCCUUGUAGAAUUCUAGAAUUUCACGGCCUGUUUAGUCCCCUCUCCCUCAGAUAACAAGCUGAGCCCCCUGGCUGGUAAAGUGAGGGUGGUUCAGCCACACCUUCCAAGUCCCCGACUGAGAAAACCUGAACCCUGAAACUCAGGCCAAAGUGGAAGGCUUUGACUUCCCUGCAAAGAGCCGCCUCUCCGAGUUCCUGCUUGCUGGGACUUAAGUGAAGGAAGACAAGGCAGGCUUCUCAGAAGAGCCGGACACGGGCUGCAUGGUGGUUCCCUCCUGCCUGGUGCACAUCCGCCACCCAUCACGGCUGCUGCCAUCCAAGCUCUCCGGCCUCCUCCCCAUCGACGGCCUGGAGCAGGACCCUUUAUGGCUGGUCUUGUGAGACACACUCGCAUUUUCAGGCCACUCAGGCAGCUGAGGCAGAAUGUUGGGACCCAGUAUUUUGUGACCAGCCUGGACAAGACGGAGACCCCAUCUCAAAAAAACAGAAAUAAAAAAAUAAAAUGCCUUUCUUUGGA